UCUUGUUCAGUAUGAUCACGUCAGCAUGUGAUAUCUGGAGAUGAGCUGUGGUAAGAACCGCGCCGUGGUGCGUUCCCUGGACCUCCGCCGGCGCUGGCUCGUCAAGAAGCCGGAGGAUGUUCUUCCCAUCGACUAAGGUGACGAUCCCAUCCAGGUAGAUAGUACUGCCUAGGCCAUCGUCAACCCAGAACAACGGUGCAAUGUUACCUGGAUCGGCAAGGCCGGUUGUCUCCAGCAAAAUGUAGUCAAAUGUGCCUUGGCGCUCCAUGAGCGAUUCAAUGGCGACUACUCCCGUGUCUCUGUCGGUGAUAUUAGCUGGAAUAGUAGACACAAAUGCAAAAUAUGCAUAUAAGCUUUUUUUUUUUUUUUUUUUUUAACUUACCUAACGGAACAACAUAUGCAGCCGUUUGCCAGUUCGAGCCAUUCUUCAACUUGUUGGCCAUCUUUGUUGACCGUUAGGGAUUUCUCGAUAUCAAUGGCUGUAACAGUCAGUAAACCAGUAGUUAACCCCCAAAAACAGCACACAACACGCAUAAAACCGUAUGUAUAUAAGACCAGAGGGUCACAUACAAUCACCAAAUUCUACAAGGCCCGUCAAAUCAGUCAGCGGGUGUGUAAACUUAACAUAUGGAUCAGGCUGGGUGGUUACAAGCCGUUUAAAAUCACCGCUAUUUUCUUCCCAUGCUCCUCUCCUAGGAUAUAGUUAAGUAGUGUCGUCUUGCCCGCGCCCAAAUAGCCUACAACGAACGCACUUUUGUUUUAGCUAACAACAAGUCGUAUUAUUUCUUUACUGGACAACACAACAACUCCGCAUCCACUUACCUGUUACUAUUGUGAUAGGGACUUUCUUGAACUUCCGCUCAGUAGGUGACUUUGCCGCCGUCUCUUCCUCGAGGGCGUCGACAUCAACCAGUUCAGGCGGGCCUUCCUCAUCGCCGUCUCUAAAGUUCAUCUUCUAUUUACCCAAACAAAAGAAGUUUCGAUUGCAACCAAAACAACAGUAUCCGGAGGAGGAAGCUGGACAAUCUUUGCUCUGGUAUCCUAUCGACUCGCCCAGGAGUUAGUUAAUAAAUAACUUAUCUCCACGACUCUACCCCCGCAGCUAUAUUCGGCAGGGUUUAGGGCUUAGGGCUUGUCGGGGCGGCAGAACUAGCCUCCGCCAUGGCCUUGGAUUGGUGCUUGUUCGAGCCAACGUCAGAGCUUCACCAGCGGGCGUCGGGCAGCGAAGACGACGACGAAGACGACGACGGCGACGACCUCCAGGCUCUCUUCCCGCUGUUCCCUACCAGCCCUACCACGACGUAUCCUCCCCGUCUGCGCCAGCCUGCAAUGACGACUGCUGGUGCUUCUCCCUCGAGCUCGCCUCGAUUGCCUAGUCCCCCGCCGUUCACAGAGGUGCAGAUUGGGCCUCAAUCCCCUACGGUUGGCGAAGGGUUUGGAGCUACCAGCGAAGAGCUCCUGGGGCUACCGCAUGAGCCUGACGAUGCGUCGAUGCGGAGAAUACGUCCGGGGACCAAAUCUGCAGACAUGGCCUCAGGUCCUCCUCUGGUUCCUCUCUCCCAACUCGAUUCUCCAUUCCAAUUACAAGAGCACCUCAAAGCCUUGUAUCAGCACUAUACCAGACCUAGCGACUCCUCGACUCUAAAUCCCAUAACUCGUGACAUUGCGCGGUUUCUUGCGGAGCCUCCAGAAGGAGUAGAAAGAUCUCUAUGGCUAUAUGAGCUUUGUCGAUUUCUCACCAUGAAGGCUAAUAACCUGAUUGUUGCCUUUUUUGCGGAAGACCCGCCGUGCUCUGCUCAAACAUGUCCCGAAAUGCGUGCCUCUGAAUGGCAAUACUUAUGUGCCGUCCAUGAUCCGCCUAAAUCAUGUUGCGCCAUCGAUUACUGCUGUCACACCCUUGACUGGGCGGCGAAUAUCCUGACAUCACCAAAAUACUUCCCAAGCAGAUUGACUCUUGGCUCGGAGUCAUCUGGAGGGCCCCAGACGAGCAUGAAGCAUCUUACCAACAUUUUUCGCCGCGUUUAUCGGAUCUUUGCACAUGCGUGGUUCCAGCAUCGCGAGGUAUUUUGGCAGGUUGAAGGCCACGAUGGACUAUACAUUUUCUUUAAGACGGUCUGUGAUAUUUAUAAUCUGAUACCGGAGGAUAAUUAUACGGUCCCAAGAGAAGCAGAAGGGCUCCAGCCACCGAACAACGUGGCUCCUGAACGUGACUCCAGUAGACGGAUGACCAUUAUGCGGAAAGAGUCAGAAACACAGGCAGAAAAGCCAGUUCCCGGGGAACAGUCAGAGCAGGCAUUAAAUGUUGCGGCAACAACCAGACGGCACAAGGCCUCCCCUUCAGUAGGGGCUAUUGUUUCAACUAUCACAGAAGCAGCCGAAGAUGAUGGCCCCAACAAAAAUGCCCAGGCAGCUGAGGAGGAUGACUCUGUUGUGAAACUCCCAGAUACUUCCGUUUCUGAUAAGGAAGGUGACCUGUUACCGGUCCCAUCAGAAACUCCCGCAAAUGACCCAACCCUGGCGGAAGAUAGCGUUAUUGAAACCCCCACACCUGACGAUGAUGGGCUGGACAAUCCAGAAAUCGUCCAGCAAACAUCAGAAAGCGAUCCACUCGAACAGAGUGAGAAAACUAGCGAUUCACUCGAAGAGAAAGAGCCGAAUGAAACCGACAUAUUGGAGCCUGCUACUCUAGUUAUCAAUUCUAAAGCUAUAAACGCAGAUUCGUCAGAUGACAAACCAACAAUCCUUGAAUCAGAGACGUCGAAAUCAGAGAAAACACCAGUAAAUGAGACUGCUGAUAAGGGAUUUGGUAGCCCUAGUAGUCCCGGAAGUCCUGGCAGUCCCGAAGCUCCUACGACCGCGAUUGAAGUCAAAGCAGCUGACUCGGACAAGCCUUUCUAAUUAUCUUCUCCUUUCCCAGGCUACUACGGUUAAUUAUACGUUCUGUUUAUAACUUCCUUUACUCAAGGGAACCUUUCGGCCGGCGUCUAAUUUUCCAGAAUAUAUAAUCCCCUUUAUUGAUGGGUGUACAUGAUGUACCGUUUGCAGAUGUAUAUCUUGAUUCCUUUAUUUUCUUUGUUUACAUUCUCGUUCUUGUCUUCCUUUUAUGGUUUGUCUCUACAUAUUUCGUUCUGAGCGGAUAUUCCCAAAUGACGAUAUUCCUGGGCUUUUUCUUCUUGCUAUUCGAUUCCCCCCUCUUACUACUUCCUCUAUUGACCGCAAAUUCGCUAUAUUUUUUCAUUGAGGAAAUUGAUUGUGGCGCUGGGAUGUUUGCGGAUUCGGGCAGUGAAAUAUACCGGGGUGUAUGUAUAUGGAAGUAGAGUUUGGAUAGAUGCCCCAUAUCAACCUUUUACUUAAGUUUACUGUUAGCAGCUGAGGGAAGCGGACUUUUCCACUUCUUCACUUCCUUCGUGCCGGGAGAUAUUUAGCGGAUGAGUAAUUAUGGCUUAACCCGAUAACUAUAGUGUCUAGACAGCGAUUAUGUCGGACAUUUAUACACAAUCGCUGUACGCCGUGUCAACGGGUUUAUUAUCCGAGUUAGAAUGUCAGGGGCAAAAUGAAAGUGAGGUCUAAUGCCUAAUUUAUGUGUGCACCAUCUCUGUGGCACUGUUAGUCCGACAGAAAUAUCUCAUGCAAAAGGUACUGGCUGGACAGAAGUCAUCUGAACCCAAGCAAUGGGGCUUCCAAUACACAGAUUGCUGUGGGAAAUGCAGUUUACGGCUCUGGUUGGUAGGUCCAGACCUUGAAUCCCGUCGCAUGGAAGAAUUCAUAUUUCAUACAAAAAGAUUGUCUGACUACAAUCUUCAUACUAUAACUUUCAAUCAUAGCUCCUAAAUACAGAUAUCCAUAAGAGCUUUGUCCCGCGCUGUCGAAGGUUAGGCUCUUUCUUUCUCUCUCCGAACGAAAUGUCGGUUCCAUGACAAAAGCGUCGUUUCAGUAACCAGAAGGUAUAUAAAAUGGGGUGAGAGAGAUGAAAUGGAAAAAAAAAAUGGAAAAAAAUAGCUUCAGAUCUUAUUAAAAAUUGGUUAAAAAUGCGAAUGAAAAUAUAAAAAUGUCAUAGCUCAUAAUAUCGUGAAAUCUUGCACGGCAAUUGCUACCGGCGAUGAAAACAGGAAGGGAAAAAAAAAAAAGAAAAGAAAAAGAAAAAAAAGGGAAAAAAGACAAAUCCAACGAAAACAGAAAGAAAGAGGAGAGGAGAAACAUGAACGUGAAUAAACGAAGAAGGCAACAGAGUGAAGGCGAAAGGCCCAAUCUCGAGAAUGGCUAGUUUAAAAUGUUUGGUUAUCGUUAUGGAGAAAGGUAAAUAGCACUUGAAAGAAUCAUUGGAAGGGUAUCACUCGGAGGACAGCACAUCGAUCUGUCGAAUUUUGAAAAGAUUCACCACGUUGUUGAAUAACUGGAUGGGAGGAGGGGAGGAUAGAGAUUGACAGCACGAAAAGCUGCAAGGAUCCGGGAAAUGAUAAUUGAGGGCGGCCGACACCCGUUAUUCGUCCGACGAUGCGGGGGUUGGACGAGGCAAAUUUUGGAAUGUGACUAAGGGGAAUUGUAAUAUGAGUUGUGUAGCGUUAGGAGUCUAGAUGUAGUCGUGGGUGUUCGGUGGAAUCAGUUCCGCUUUGGAUUAAAGUGGGGGGGAGCCGGGAACUUGAUGG